ACGAGCUGCACUUGAGGCCGUCGGCGAGCAGGUCCUUGUGCCCCCGUCAUGGCCCUGUGGAUGCGCCUCCUGCCCCUGCUGGCCCUGCUGGCCCUCUGGGCGCCCACCCCUGCCCGGGCCUUCGUCAACCAGCACCUGUGCGGCUCCCACCUGGUGGAGGCGCUGUACCUGGUGUGCGGGGAGCGUGGCUUCUUCUACACGCCCAAGGCCCGCCGGGAGGUGGAGGGCCCGCAGGCGGGGGCCGUGGAGCUGGGUGGAGGCCCCGGCGCCGGCGGCCUGCAGCCCCCGGCCCUGGAGGGGCGCCCGCAGAAGCGCGGCAUCGUGGAGCAGUGCUGCACCAGCAUCUGCUCCCUUUACCAGCUCGAGAAUUACUGCAACUAGGCCGGCC